AGCGCCUGCGCCUGUGUCGUCAUCACCUGGUUCCAGCACGAGCAGACGUUCUCUCCCGCCGGAUUUUGUACUGCGGCAAAAUGUCGACAAUUAACGUGACACUGAAACGGAAAAACUCCUCCGAACCAUGGGGAUUUCGGAUGCACGGAGGUGUGGACUAUCAAAAGCCUUUAUUCAUGCAAAAGAUCACGAAAAACAGUGUUGCCCACAAGGCUGGCCUAGAACCGGGUGACGUCAUCUUAAAAAUCGGCCAUGCUCAAGUGGACAGGAUGACCCACCAACAAGCCAAAAUGGAGAUUAUUAGGGCUGGUUGUGACGUAGACUUUGUGGUGCUCAAGCAUGGUAUCGACAUGGCGAGAGAAAUGGCCUCAUCAAAACCAGCAGCUGCACCGGAGCCAGAUCAGGAUCAUCAUCAGAAAUGGGAAGGCACGGGCGCAGAAAAUAAGCAACUCCAAUCGAGAUCAUUUAGAAUGUUACAGCUUUCGGUUAAUGAUUCCGAGGCUGGAGGUGACAUGCCUAUCUCGGCAGUUGGUGGAAACCUGGAAGAGAAACGUCAGCAGCAACAGGCGAAAUAUGCCGAACAGAUGGCAACACAAUAUUAAUCAUUGUCGGUAUAGAAAACAGACGGAAAAGGAACUAUAACUCACAAUGCCAUUAUGCCAGAAAUAGAGGAACGGAAAGACGGUUGAAUCUCAUUAUUUUUCUUUGCUGACAUCACAUAAAUUUGUUACAAAGUGAUCCAAGUUCUCAACUCAAAUAAAAUAUAAUAUAGUGAAUCGAUACGGAGAAAAAAAUUGGCCGGGUGUAUAGACCUUCUUGAUGAGACUCCUGUCCCACCUUGCAGCGACUGAGACAGGUACUACGGCGACCUAAUCAACUACAUCCCGAGUUUUUCAAAAUGUCAUAAGUUCGAGAUUCCUACAUUGUAUUUAAUGAUUGACUGCUACUGUAAAGAGUGGAAAGUGACUGGGCAGUCGGCAGCUCGGUGAUAAUGCCCAACAUUGCCAUUCGUCCUUUAAUAUUCAGUUUCUUAAAUUCUCGGCAAAGUGUCCAAAAUGUAAGCAAUAACAACCCCUGGGACCGACCUGACCUACUAAACACUGUCUUUAAUAGCCGCUGACCCCUGUUAAUCCACAGUGGCGCCUCACGUCCGCACUGAUAUGCACUAGCUAAUACUAAGUACUGAAUACUGAAUACUGAAUAGUUUUAUCACGCUCAACCGCUAACCGCGAUACACAGAGGGUUACAAUGUUAUAUGGAAUAUUUGAAUAAAAAAAUAGAUGAUUUAUCUUCUGGAAAUGCCAACGUGUUUUUGACAAAAAACAACGUGCCGCGAUGUUAUUUAUUUAUUACACAUGAGUGUAGAUUAGUUAUUUGAAAUAUGUAUUUAUACAUGACAUUUUUUGAGGGUCUUGUAACUAAUCAGUACAGCUUGCUUUGUUGAGUUUUUUUGAAAGAAACUGGUACAGCUAUACUUGGAAAAGAAUAAAAAAACGUGUACAUAAAAUAUUCA